UUUGGUAGGUUCAGGUUUCAGUUCAGGCUUUGAUUGACUUGGAAUUUUUGUGCUACAUGAAACGACAGUGCUGUACACGCAAUAUCUGGCGCACGAUUUGUGCGCGACCUGAUUAGAAGCCACAGAUACUAAAAAUAAGGCGAUCCGAUGUCAAAUAAAAUUGAAAGUUGAGCUUUGGUUCAGAUUUUAGUUCAGGCUUGUUUUGGUUGUUGUUUUGGUUCAGAUUUUAGUUCAGGCUUGUUUUGGUUGUUGCUUUUGUCCAUGGGACGAUCUAAUUGGUCCAAUUGGAAUGAUUAAAAUUAGAAGAGAAAAGUUCACAUAGAAAGCUCAAAUGCAGCUACCAAAUAUUUGUUGUAUGUAGCAUCUCUCGUGCACCCAUAUCAUGCAGCCUACCAAACACACAUCUCAGCUCAUCUUUGCAUGAGCUCAACCAGACCACACUCACCCAGAAUCCUCCAUGCGAUGCAGGCUAGAGCCACCCAGGCAACCAAACACGCCCCAAAGUCCCCCCUUAGUCACCCCGAACAGACCUACCGAGAGAGAGGGCACCGGAGCACCGAGAGAGCCGGCGUUCAGAAACCCUACCUCGCGCCCCGGGGAGCCUUCAAGAUCGCCCGUGCGCCGCCUCGUCACUCGAAACCCUAGGUAGCGUUUCGGGACUUCUGUCCUGACCGUCUCCUACCUGGACUGCACUCUCGUAGACUCAGUUCAAUUGAUUUUUCCCAUGGCUGAAGAAGACCGACUCGGCCAGGAGCCCGACUCCUCUUCCCUUUCAGCUCGAGCGCUCAAGAAGGAAACUGGAGUAGUAUAAAGGUAAGCCAAUCCCCUCGACUUCCACCUCACAUCGCACCACGAGACCACGAGAUUCAGCAGCGAAUCGAAUCGAGCAUCUCGAAUCCGCGUUCCCAUGGCGAGCUCCGAUCCGAGCGGGAAGAAGGACUACUCGACGGCGAUUCUCGAGAGGAAGAAGUCGCCGAACCGGCUGGUGGUCGACGAAGCCGCCAAAUCCAAUGACGACAACUCCAUCGUCGCUCUGCACCCGGACACGGUGGACAUGCUGCAGCUCUUCCGUGGAGACACCGUCCUGAUCAAGGGCAAGAAACGAAAAGACACGGUCUGCAUUAUGCUUCCGGAUGACACAUGUGACAAGACCAAGAUCAGGAUGAACAAGGUCGUCAGGAAGAACUUGAGGGUGCGGUUAGGUGAUGUAGUUUCUGUUCAUCAGUGCCCAGACGUCAAAUAUGGAAAUCGUGUGCACAUCCUUCCCGUUGAUGACACGGUCGAAGGGAUCACUGGAAACCUGUUUGAUGCCUUCUUGAAACCAUACUUCCUUGAAGCCUAUCGCCCUCUUAGAAAAGGAGACCUUUUCCUUGUGAGAGGUGGCAUGACAAGUGUGGAAUUCAAGGUCAUAGAGACUGACCCUGCAGAGUAUUGCGUCGUUGCACCUGACACGGAGAUAUUCUGUGAUGGUGAGCCUAUCAAGAGGGAGGAUGAGGAGAAGCUGGACGACGUUGGCUACGACGAUGUUGGUGGAGCUCGCAAGCCGAUGGCCCAAAUCAGAGAACUGGUUGAGCUCCCGCUGCGCCAUCCUCAGCUGUUCAAGUCCAUCGGCGUGAAGCCUCCCAAGGGCAUCUUGCUGUAUGGGCCACCUGGGACCGGCAAGACCCUCAUUGCCAGGGCUGUGGCUAAUGAAACAGGUGCCUUCUUUUUCCUGAUUAAUGGCCCAGAGAUUAUGUCAAAGUUGGCUGGAGAAAGUGAGAGCAAUCUCAGAAAGGCAUUUGAAGAGGCUGAGAAGAAUGCGCCGGCCAUCAUCUUCAUCGAUGAGAUUGAUUCCAUAGCCCCAAAGAGAGAAAAGACCAAUGGAGAAGUCGAAAGGCAUAUUGUUUCGCAGCUGCUCACUCUUAUGGAUGGGCUUAAAGCUCGUGCACAUGUUAUUGUUAUGGGUGCUACCAACCGCCCAAAUAGCAUUGAUCCGGCUCUCAGAAGAUUUGGAAGGUUUGACAGAGAGAUCGACAUUGGAGUCCCUGAUGAAGUUGGACGGCUUGAGGUUCUCCGGAUUCACACUAAAAACAUGAAACUAGCUGAAGAUGUUGAACUGGAGCAUGUUUCUAGAGACACGCAUGGCUAUGUCGGUGCUGAUCUCGCUGCCCUUUGUACCGAGGCCGCUCUCCAGUGCAUUCGUGAGAAGAUGGAUGUUAUAGACCUCGAGGACGAUACCAUUGAUGCAGAGAUACUGAAUUCUAUGGCUGUCACAAACGACCAUUUCAAGAUUGCACUGGGGACAAGCAACCCAUCUGCUCUUCGUGAAGCUGUGGUUGAAGUUCCAAAUGUCUCUUGGGAAGAUAUUGGUGGUCUGGAGGGUGUCAAAAGAGAGCUGCAGGAGACCGUCCAAUAUCCGGUGGAGCAUCCGGAGAAAUUCGAGAAGUUUGGCAUGUCUCCCUCCAAGGGUGUUCUGUUCUAUGGCCCUCCAGGCUGUGGUAAGACCUUGUUGGCCAAGGCAAUUGCUAACGAGUGCCAGGCUAACUUUAUUAGUAUCAAAGGACCGGAGCUGCUUACAAUGUGGUUUGGUGAGAGUGAGGCCAAUGUGCGUGAGAUUUUUGAUAAGGCUAGGGGGUCAGCACCAUGUGUGCUCUUCUUUGAUGAGCUUGACUCGAUUGCCACCCAGAGAGGAAACAGUGUAGGCGAUGCGGGAGGUGCCGCUGAUAGAGUGCUGAAUCAACUUCUUACCGAGAUGGAUGGAAUGAACGCCAAGAAAACUGUGUUCAUCAUCGGUGCUACCAACAGGCCAGACAUUAUAGACCCUGCCUUGCUUAGGCCUGGGCGUCUUGAUCAGCUUAUCUACAUUCCUCUGCCUGAUGUUGAAUCCAGGCUCCAGAUCUUCAGAGCCUGCCUCAGGAAGUCUCCUGUGGCCAAAGAUGUUGACCUGAAUGCGCUCGCCAAAUACACGCAAGGGUUCAGUGGUGCAGACAUCAUGGAAAUCUGCCAGCGUGCAUGCAAAUAUGCCAUCAGAGAGAACAUUGAAAAGGACAUGGAAAAGGAGAGGAGGCGGAAGGAAAACCCUGAAGCCAUGGAGGAAGAUGUGGUGGAUGAGAUCGCUGAGAUCAAGGCUGCUCACUUCGAGGAGAGCAUGAGGUAUGCACGCCGGAGUGUGAGUGAUGCUGAUAUUCGCAAAUAUCAGGCCUUUGCUCAGACACUGCAGCAGUCCCGUGGUUUCGGCAGUGAGUUCCGGUUCCCUGACCAGCCAGCGGGAAGCGCUACCCCUGCGACCGAUCCUUUUGCAUCCACUGCCUCGGCAGCUGAAGAAGAUGAUUUGUACAGUUAAAUUUUUACCAUUAUUUCCUUGUACUUAUCAUAUUACUAUGCUGGCAUCUGUAAGACACGGGAAGACCAUGUAAUUAUUUUUAUGUGCAUAUUGUGAUAUAUAUACUGAAGAUUGUUUCCUACCCCUAAAAUAAAAAGGAAAAACACUUCCUAUUGUCUCCGAUUCCAGUCUGUGUGCCAAUGAUAAUAUCCAUUGGCAUGUGGUACAAUUCUUCUCUACAGACUUCAUCAAGGGUAUUAAGCAUCAUUAUAUGGGAUACUAUUUUAAUUCAUUUAAAUGUACUAUUUCAAUUCGUCUUCACUAUAUAAUAGCAUUGCUAAUAAACCUUCUGUUAUACAUGAUUGCCUCAGCCUCUCUGGCAUGUUGACAAAUUAGUUGCAUUAGCUGAAUCUUAAGUCUGUACUUCUGUACAAUGCACUGAUAUCAAUUUUUGGCAACCCUGUCGUGGAAGCUGAAGACGAUAAUUUAUAUAGUUGAAUUGUCUGUUGUGCCAUAAACUUACUCGUAAAAAGAAAUGCAAACCUUUGAUGACGUCUGUCUCCGAGUCCAAUCUGUGUGCGUUUAUUGGCAUGUGGUAAUUGUACUUCUUUAGUACCUUUGCUGCUCCACGGGCCGUGUUAAGGU